AUGCGUCCCUCAGAAGAACUCCCAGAACAGGAGGCCGCUGUGGGAGGCACUUUUGAAGGGGAAACCCCCUCCCUACUAAAACCUGAAGAUGACGUCUCGUGGGCCAGGUCAGCUACCUCACGAGAGCCUGAUCUGUUAAAGCACAAUUUCAACUGUGGGAAGCUAUAUGCCGAUGAGGACUUUUGGUCACUCUUCAUUGUCUGCACUGCCGGCCGAGUUGCCUUCUCCCGCGUUUCUCAAGGCCAGUGUGCCAGUAAAUGUCUGAGGGUUUGGACGCACGUUCGUGCAGCCGCAGAAGAUCCUCCUUAUGGCCUCAUGGAUCCUCAACCAGGCACAUCAGGCUUACCCACAGCAAGUUUCUACGGUCAGAACCAUAGAAGAGGCUACUUUGUACCACAGCUGUGUUCAAGUGACACGGAAGAAAUAGAAGAAUAUGCCGUCGAUGAAGUGACUGAAGUUUACUCUCCACACGCUUCCGAGGCAGAAGAGUCGUCUGAUGGCGAUGAUGCUUCUGAUGAUACAAGACAGGUUGUUUUAGAAAUCGAAAGCUUGGAUGUAAUCUCUCCUCCACAAGCUCAACUCAGAGUAAAAUCCCAGAGAAAAAGUACUUCCAGGUUGUACUGGGAACAUGUUCAUAACAGACAUGAAGCACCUACAAUACCUAUCUAUGAUGUCACCAAUAACGAUGAGGAGGAGGGCAUCUCUUUACCUAUAGACAUAUUUCGGAGGUUCUUCACUGACAAUGUCUUGGAUAUGAUUGUAGAACAGUCCAAUUUUUAUGCAGUUCAGCAAAAUCCAAAUAAACCCUUAGAUAUGUGCAGAUCAGAACUUGAGCAAUGGUUGGGCUUAUGCUUGUAUAUGUCUAUCAGUAAAAUACCCAAUACAAGACUGCACUGGUCAAGUUUUUCUGUAGGAAAUGAAAAUGUGAGUUCAGUUAUGAGCAGGGACAGGUGGGAGGAGAUAAAGAUGAAGUUUCACUUAGUAGAUAAUUCUCAAUUGGACCCACAGGACAAGCUCUCGAAAGUGCGACCUCUACUUGAUCACCUGAGGGCAAAGUUCAAAGAAAUACCCAUGACUGAAUAUCUGUGCGUAGACGAACAGAUGGUUCCUUUCAAAGGAAAUUCGUCUAUGAAACAGUAUAUUCCAAUGAAACCACACAAACGAGGGUACAAAAUUUUUAUUCUAGCUGAUCACGGGAUGGUAUAUGAUUUCAUUCCCUACACUGGUAAGAUACAGCCUGUAAGUAAUGUAAAUGUUCCAGAUUUGAACCCUAGUUCAAAUGCAGUACUACACCUUGCUGAGUGCAUACCACCAUACAAGAACCACAAGCUAUAUUUUGAUAAUUGGUUCACAUCAGUUCCCCUCCUAGAUCAUCUGGCUUCCCGUGGCAUCUGGUGCAGUGGGACUGUCCAGCAUAAACGAUUGCCAAAUUUGACAUUCAAGUCAGAUAAGCAAUUGCAGAGUCAUGGGCGUGGCUCUUAUGAUGAAUGGGAAGCAAAAUGUGAAAAUAGUAAAAUAACAGCUGUAAAGUGGUAUGACAAUAAGGCAGUUCACCUUGUGUCCACAUUUGCCACAUCAUUUCCUUUUGACAAUUGCCAACGGUUUGACAGAAAGAUGAAGCAAAUUAUAGAAGUACCUAGACCAUUCAUAGUCAAAGAUUACAACACACACAUGGGUGGGGUUGACUUGCAUGAUCAGUUGAUGGCUUAUUACAGGAUGUCAUUUAGGUCAAAAAAAUACUACCAACGCCUAAUAUUCCACAUGAUUGACAUGACAGUGAUCAAUUCCUGGCUUCUCUAUAAACGAGAAGCUAGACAUCUGGAAAUACCCAAGAGAAAGGAAAUGUCCCUUUGUGAAUUCAAACUGAAAAUUGCAGAUUCUCUUAUUCUAGGAGGAAAAAGUAAGGGCAAAAAGAGGAAGAGGUCAAAUAAUGUAAUAGAAUCAGCAUACACUGCUAAAAAGAAAACUGGUAAAGCCACCAAGCCAAUUCCUGAGAAAGAUAUAAGACAAGAUAUGAUUGGCCACUUUCCUGUCAUGUCUCCAAAAAGGGGAACAUGUAAAAUGCCUGGAUGCAAAGGAAAGGUGUCAAUGUCUUGCAUGAAAUGUGAGGUUCAUCUCUGCUGUGAAUCAAAGAGAAACUGCUUUCUAGAUUUUCACACUAAAUAGUCUAAAAGAGGUAUGAAACCAUUUUUUGUUCGGAAUGUGAUUUUCUUUAUUUUGCCAAAAAUAAUGCCUUAAAAACCAAGAGGAAAUUUUGUUAUUUUUUAUGAUGCAUAUGUAGCAUAAUGAGAAUUUGGAAUUAAUGAAAGAUUCCAAAAGAGUUCUUGUGUGCCUAAGGAGACAAUUUUGUCCUGUUAAUGUAAAUCACUUAUUUCUAAUAAAUGCAUGGAAAUUC